CCAAGAGCCCGCCCUAGUGCCAAUCAGUUAGGUUGCGCACAUGCUGCAGUUUCAGUUUGUUUUAUUCACCAUUUUGAGUAGCUCAAGGUAAAAUUUAAACUAAAAUCGCGUUUGGAAAAGAAAUUCGUUCCCGUAUAUUUCGUUUUACGCAGUAGCUCGGGCUUUGGAACGUUUCGUUGCGCCCAUUGGAGUUGCAGAGCGGGACGAUUUCAUUUUUAUUUUCCUGGAUUUAAUUUAAUUCUCCUUUCUUACAUUCUUAACCUCUACAGUAUUUCUGCAAAAUGUCAAGACCAGUGAGGAACAAGAAGGUGGUGAAUUACUCACAAUUCCAGGAAUCUGAUGACGCAGAUGAGGAGUAUGGGAAGAACUCAGACAAGCCUAAGAAGCCUCGUGCGGCUCCUCGCGAGGUGAAGCGCAAGCGGUCAAAGAACUCGCAGGAGGACAGUGAGGAUUCUGAUGAAAAACUCUCCAAAUCCAAAAAUGAUUCAGCAGAUGACUUUGGCAGUGAUGAAGACAACGACUUUGGAGAGGAAGAUGAUGAGGAUGGAGGGAGCGACUACGAGGCUAAACGAGGCAAAAAGGGAAAGACGGCCAAGGUGGCAAAGCCCACUAAGAGGACACCCAAGAGAAAACGACCCGCAGAUGACAGUGAUGAGGAGGUGAGUCGUAAGGUGCGUACGGUGCGCCAGGCUGCCACCAAGGCCGUGUCUAAACAGAGAGAGAUCCUGCUGGGAGACGGAGGCAGUGAGGACGAGGAACGCGAAGACAAGGAGGAGGCCUUCGCAGACCCUGAUGAGUCGGGCAGUGAUGAAGACUUCAUGGUUGAGGAUGAUGAUGAUAGUGACUAUGGCCGCUCCAAGAGCAAGAGGAGCAGCAAGAAGGUGAUCAAACGGAGCCGGCCAGAAAGGAAGGAAAAGAAAUCCCCCAAACCACGACUAAAGGCCACUGUGACCCCCAGCCCAAUGAAAGGAAAGGGUAAAGGUCGCCCCAGUGCUGCCAAGGCCCUGGAGAAGAGCUCGCCCAAAGAGGAGGAAGAGGAGGAGCCAGAGAGCCCUCUGGAGGAGGAGGAGGAGGAGGAGGUGGUGGUGAAGAAGGACUCCUCCCCCACUCCCAAGAAAACAAAGGAGGCACCCGGGAAGGAGAAGGAGAAGAAGGAAAAGGAAGAUGAGGAGGAGGAGGAGGAGGAAGAGGAGGACGGAUCGGAAGAGGACGUACCCUCUGGGGAAGACUAGACCCACAGAACUCCCACCUCUCUCUCCCCCUCCCCUUCCCUCUCUCUCUUUACCUUCUCAAGUUUUUGUUUCUCUUGGUUUAGAGUUUAUUUUGGUUUCAUUGGUGGCCUGGCUCAAUGGUUUCAACCUCAUGUGGAUUUGUUGUUUAGUGUUUGUUGUUUAGUGUCUGGCUUCCCGUAAUGACUGACUGACUGAGGACAUUGAGAUUUUACUCCAUCUCUCUGAACAUGUCCCAUUCCUCCAUCCCUGUCCCCUCUGCUCAGCUACACCUCUAUUGGCACACCUCUCUUCUCUUUUUCAUCUCCCUCUUCGCAGUGACUGCAUUAGUCUUUCCUACACAAGUCUGUGUGAAGCUCAGAAAAUGGUUCUUUAGGCUUUGUUAGUUUGCCUUUCUGAGAGCUCCGUGCUAGUGGACAUCUGUCCUCAACAGUCGCUUGAAGUGUGGAGUCACUGGUUUUCUUUCUGCAGGCUGAUGUGUGUGCAAGUGAGCCUUCAAUAAAAAAAUAUAUAUAUAUAUUCUAGCCAUCUUCUUUAUCUGCUGAGUUCUCCAUUCCCCUCUCCUCCCCAAGUAAUCUUUGGUCUGACAUGACUGGAUAGGUGAAAGCUAUGUAGUAUAACCCUUGCUUGACCUAUCCAGUAGUGUUAGAUCAGUGAUUACUGAGCCCUGGGUUUGUUCAGUCUGUCUGGGUUAGGGUUUCCAUCUCUAUCCUGGUUUCUCAGUGGACUGCUGUUGUCCAAUCAAAGCACUGUUUUUUUUAUUCACUGUUCCACAAUAUCCAUUGGUUUAGUUACAGCCCAACGCUGACUAAUCAGAGAAGGCCACACUGGAGACUCAGAGGGAGGAUAUGUAAGCGUGUGAGAUUGUUCUCCCUUAGGUCCUGUGCCCACUAACCCCAUAGCGCUGUGCCGACACUGACAAAGUGCUUUUUAAACUCUCAAACACAAUACGUUUUAAGGAAGGUUUUACGGUUGUUAUUUUAAAUGUUAACUUGGUUGAAUUAAUGCUGUUGUAUUUCCACCUACUCUGAAGUUAAGCUCUGGCCCUGUGUCAAGGACCUUCAGUAUAACACAUACACAAAGCUUGUUUUGUUAUUGAAUAUGAAACUGUUCAGUCGUGCUUUGAGAUGAAUUGUUUAUUUUAUUAUAACAGUACAUUCAUAGUACAAGGAACAGAGUUGAAGAUCACUUUGGAGUAGCAGUGUGUUAUUGUGCUUUAGACAGAGAGAUUGCUCUGAGCUGUAAACGGUAAUUAUGUUGUAAGAGAGAUGCUCAUGGAAGCAGGUCCUAGAUCAGCCCUAAGAGAGCCUGUUUGUUUGCUGUGUGCUGGUACUACCAGUGUGUGGUUGUGAUGGAGCACACACUCAGGGGGUUUGGUGUUUCCUCACCCUAGACCCUCUACCAUUGGUUUGUGGUUCUGAGAUUUUGGCUGCCCCUGUGCUGGGCAUGACACAUGCAUAAACCAUACACCCAUGCCAGCACACACACACACACACACACACACACACACACACACUACCCUGGCAUGGCCAGAGCAUCCUUUCAUUGUUCAACCCUUUGUGCCAGGCAUCCACAAGCCUUUUUUAAUUGAAUCGAGAGUUGUUUUUUGAGAGCCCCUAAAAUGAAUGUUUUUUUGUUUUUUUUGUUUUGUUUCAAUUCUCUAUUCAGAUUUUUUGUAAUGUUUGUUUUUUAAGAAAAUAAAUAAAAUGUAUCUUGAUUUUAAAAAGAAAAGUCGACCCUAUCCAUCUGUUUUUCUGCUGGGUUUAGGCAGACUGGGACAGCAGACCCAGCAACUCCUUUGUUCCACUCUUCUGUUCCACUCUUCUCCUUUUCUCUUAUUCUAUCGCUCAUCUCACGCGCUCUCUCUCUCCUGCACUCAGCUCAUACUCACUCCCCUCUCUCACACACACACGGCUCAUUCACCUCAGACAGACAGAGAAGAAGUCAGGGUGUUGAUGUAGUCAACAGUGAUGCCGGCUUAUGUUUUGCUCUAUACCUCUCCUCUGCUCUCCUCUACAACCAAUAAACACUAGCUGCAUUUCCCCUAUUCUGCCCUUCACAGAUCUGAUAGGACUGGAUAAGUGACAGCAAUAGAUCCCCACAGUGGUGCCAUAAUACCCAUAAAACCUGGCAGUCAAACGUAAAUGGUUCCAAUCGUUUUUCCACCAUACAUUUUAGAAACACUUAAAAUAAGGGCUGUGUUUUGUUUAGGCUUAAACUGGCGAUGUUUUGAUAACCAUGUAAAUAUCUCUCAGACAAGGUGACUUAUUAAAUAUAUUUGGCUCUAUUUACUCUGAUUCAAAAAUGCUAAUUAGCAUCAAAGUAGACAUUAGCAAGACUACAAAUCCCUGCAUGUCAUCUCAAGCUGGCAUCUUUUCUAACAGGUAAAUUGUCAAUGUAAAACUUGCACAAAACAGUUCACAGAAUUGUCAAUUUAAAGAAAUUUAGCCAAUUUAUUAGUUAACCCAGAGAUUCUUACCUUUUGCCUCGAUUCAGGGGUCUUAUCCAGAUGAUCAUGGCGUUUGUAGUUCUUUAUGAUAGCCACAUUAGCAGCUAAUUAGCAUUUCAUUUUAGGUGGGUAAAUACAGGCCAAUAUAUUAAGUCACAUUGUCCUAGAGAGAUUCACACCGUUAUCAAAACGUCACGCCGAGGUCAGCCUACACGAAACAAGUCCUUAUUUUAUUUGAAGUGUUUCUAAAAUCCACUAUGGGGAAAAAUGAAUGGUGGAAAAACGAUUGGAACCAAUUCCUUUUUUGACCGCUAGGUAUUAUGACUCAUACAGUGGUACUCUAUAUGAAGGAAUCUUGGUCAAACCACUGCUUAUGCCUUCCCGGUUGUUUCAGAUCUGCAAAUAGGAGUGUACAAGGGCAGAAGUGAGAGAGAAGCCAUGAAAUGAGUGCAAGAGAAUGUUUGUUACUCCUCCCUGGGUUGAAAAAUAUUUUUGAGCCAAACCUAUGGUAUUGUAAAGCAUUCUUGGUCUAUGUGGGUUCAUUAUUGUUUUCGCUGAGAAUUAAAGCUACUAGUAAUUAAAACAAGUUUGGGCGCUUUCUUAUUGCCUUAUAUUCCCUUGGUACUACUAAACUAGAGGAGCACUUGGUAUGGUGUGAUACAUGGGGAUUGGAGGGAUGUUAUGGUGAAUACUAAACCUGUAGAUCUUAAAUGAUUCCACCCGGCCUACAGGAGUGCCUAGGGCGUUGGGGCUAGUGGUCACUUUGGAAUUCAGCAAAUGAGUGCUCUGCCUUGGAUGUUGACCAACUGAAGCCAUAGAUCUAACAUAGUAUUAGAGGACGACGUGGAGGGGGUGUCUGUCAUCAAAGGAAAAUAAUGAAAUAGAAGACCUAGCUGACCGAGAUCAAAGCUGUUAUUAUACCAAGGGACCACUGUAUGUAUAUAUUUUUUGGCCUAUCCGUCAGACCCAAUGAUGUUCUGACCAAUACCAAAUCGCUCAAGACUGCAAAUAUGUGCCCUAGAAGAUGUUUCAGCAGACCAAAACCGAAACCUUGGUUCUGGUGUACUUUCCCUGGUACCCUCCUGAUGGCAGUGGACAAGUGUUUAUAUGCCUAACUCCAAACUGGCCCCUACAGGUCCAAGCACUUCUGUAGAUCAAAGAUGGGUAUUAGCACAUUUUGAUGACAAAAAUCAAACGUUAUUGAUUACCAAAUUGCCUAUUCAAACCUUGGCUACACAUGGGCCUUAGGGUUAGGAGUUAAUUUGGAUUGGUCAUCUUUGUAUAGGACUUGUAUCAUGUUCCUGAAUGACACUGAAUGCUUGCACUGUGUGGGGUUUCUGUGUCCAGGCAGUAGGGGCUCCCACACAGGGCUAUAAGGUCCAUACUUCUAGGCUUCUUUUCUGCUAGUUAAUCGAAUGAUUCAUGUCACUGGUUGGCCAGAGAACUCUCUUACAUGGUAAGAGGUUUGAAUCAGGGGAAGGAUUGAAACCAGUAGUGCUGUGUACCUCCAGGCCCAGAUUUGAAUCCCCCUGUUUAACAUGAACACAUGACCAUGACAAACAAUGGAUUUACUAUUUCUUUCCCAUCCUUUCUUCAGUAUCCCUGCAUUUAUAUUGCUUUUCAUUUGUUUAUUUCUAUGUAUCUUAAAUUGUACUGGCAAUGUAAAUGUAAGCAAAAUUGUGAUUCUUACAGGUGAUUGCGCCGAGAAGCUUUUGUCAGUGUUGUGGAAUGGGAACGCUGAACUGUUGAAUAUUUUGCAUGUUGUGGAAAAGUGAGUAGCGACGAUGAUGGUAAUGAUGAUGAUGAUGAUGAAGGCAAUAUUGUGGUCUUAAAGUAUUAACGACAACAAUGAUGUUGAUGACAUUUUGGUUUCCCGGCUUCUAAUAAAGGCAACCUACUUUUUA